GUGCUCCUCUUUGACCCCAGACACUGCCGUGAUCAGCCCCCAGGAUCCCACGCUCCUCAUUGGCUCCUCCCUGCAGGCCACGUGCUCGGUGCUUGGGGACCCGCCUGGGGCCACUGCUGAGGGCCUCUACUGGACCCUCAAUGGGCGCCGCCUGCCCCCCGAGUUCUCCCGGGUGCUGAACGCCUCCACCCUGGCCCUCGCCCUGGCCAACCUCAACGGCUCCAGGCAGCAGUCGGGGGACAACCUCGUGUGUCACGCCCGUGAUGGCAGCAUCCUGGCCGGCUCCUGCCUCUAUGUCGGCCUGCCCCCAGAGAAACCCUUCAACAUCAGCUGCUGGUCCAAGAACAUGAAGGACCUGACUUGCCGCUGGACGCCCGGGGCUCACGGGGAGACGUUCCUCCACACCAACUACUCCCUCAAAUACAAGCUGAGGUGGUACGGGCAGGACAAUACAUGCGAGGAGUACCACACCGUGGGGCCUCACUCCUGCCACGUCCCCAAGGACCUGGCUCUCUUCACGCCCUACGAGAUCUGGGUGGAGGCCACCAACCGCCUGGGCUCGGCCCGCUCCGACGUGCUCACACUGGACAUCUUGGACGUGGUGACCACGGACCCCCCGCCGGACGUGCACGUGAGCCGCGUCGGGGGCCUGGAGGACCAGCUGAGCGUGCGCUGGGUCUCGCCUCCCGCGCUCAAGGAUUUCCUCUUCCAAGCCAAGUACCAGAUCCGCUACCGCGUGGAGGACAGCGUGGACUGGAAGGUGGUGGACGACGUGAGCAACCAGACUUCCUGCCGCCUGGCCGGCCUGAAGCCCGGCACCGUGUACUUCGUGCAAGUGCGCUGCAACCCCUUCGGUAUCUACGGUUCUAAGAAAGCUGGGAUCUGGAGCGAGUGGAGUCACCCCACGGCCGCCUCGACCCCCCGUAGUGGUGAGGACAUUGAGGCGCCAGGAGGUCGCACGGUGAUUUGA